AUGCACAGCUCGUGUCUUCAGCUCGCUUACACUCCAGUAGAGCAGUGGAGACCGCUUCCUCUUCCAACUGACGGCCACCUCGAGCUCACCCUUUGCGACCGAAUACACGGUGGCUCGUCUGGGACCACCUAUUUCGCCGAUGUCGUCUCCUCCACCGCUACUGGGAUGCCUCAACGCGUGGUCGUGAAAUUUGCUCGGCAGUGUAGGACCUUAGCGCGCGAGGCCUGGUUUUAUGAGCAGCUGUCGAGGGAGUCCAAUUGUGAAGGUGUUAUCACACCAAGGUGCUACGGCUUCUUCAUUGGAUCGAGGAAAGAUUGGGGCAUUCCCCAUGAAAGGGACCAAUGUUCGGACUUUGUCUUUAAGCCGACUCACAAUCCCCCGUCCUCCAAGUCGCCCCCACUAUGGUACGACCUCGCCGACGAUGAAAUGUUUAAUCCAGACUUUUGGCUUUAUUUCUGUGAUGAUGCUGGCCUAAAGAGAGGCUCGGAGUGGGACACAUUUGACGAUGGCGACAAUGAUGGUGAUAUAGUCGCUAUACUCAUUCUUGAGGUACUUGGAGACUUCUACCCCGCUCCAAUGAUUGACGAAGAGGCGUUGAGGUAUGUUGUUCCCCUCCUUAGGAAUAAGACCGUAUUUGAGGCGGAAUAUUCCACAGCGACAUCAGAGGAAUAG